AUGAUGGAUGGCGGCGACGCGAUGGGGGCUGAGCUGAUGGUGGUGGCAGGAGAUGCGUUUUCGCCUCCCUCACCACCGGCGGCGGCAACGGGGGUGGGACCGUCGUCGCCCACUUUCGCGCAGCCGCUGUGGGAUGGCUGUAUAGAUCGAUUCCAUCGAGAGGCCGAGGAACGGGCCACACGCCUCACCCGCGAGAACGAGCAAGCUCGCAAGGACCUCAUAGACAAACUGCAACAGGUGAUGCGACUAUGUAGGGAGGCUACGAUGAACAUCAACGUGGCUCUCACCCCCAUGGAUCGGCUGGCUGACGAAUUUGGAAGCAAAGUGAAGAUAGAGAAGACGCUUUCCGUGCAGAAGAAGAUUGAGAAAAGCGUGCACCAACGUCAGCGCCGCAACGCUCAUGGAUCUCUGACCAGCUUCCUGCGCACUCGAGAAGGGGCGGAUGAAGAAAAGAUGGAGCUGAUCCGCGACGUCGAAGCGCUGGCACAAGAGAUUCAAGACACGACGAACGAUCUCGAAGCCAUGACCGGUCGCAACACCGACACACAAAGCGGUGAUCCAGUACCCCCUUCCUCCCCUCACUAG